UACAAAAUGAAGAAAUUUAGUUUUCACAAAGUUUUGGAUGGUUUAACUUCAUCUCCUAGUGGAAACUGCAGUAGUAGUAGCAGUGGCAGUGGGCCUGGAAGGAACUCUGAGAACUCCGGAGAGGCUGCAGGGACACCCAGGGAUGAAAUUCAGGAAAGGCUGACUGCAGACUACUUUCAGAUAUGCAAGACAGUUCGUCAUGGAUUUCCAUAUCUGCCCACUGUCUUAGCUUUUGACCCAGUUCAAAAGAUUCUGGCUAUUGGAACAAGAACAGGUGCAAUACGAAUAUUGGGAAGGCCAGGUGUUGAUUGCUAUUGUCAUCAUGAAAGUGAUGCUGCUGUUCUGCAGCUUCAAUUUUUAAUUAAUGAGGGUGCUUUAAUUAGUGCAAGUUCAGAUGACAUGCUCCAUUUGUGGAAUCUAAGGCAGAAACGGCCAGCGAUUCUUCAUUCCCUGAAAUUUAACCGAGAAAGGAUUACCUUCUGUCAUCUACCUUUCCAAAGCAAAUGGCUCUAUGUGGGAACAGAGAAGGGAAAUACACAUAUUGUAAAUAUUGAAUCCUUCAUACUUUCUGGAUAUGUUAUCAUGUGGAACAAGGCAAUAGAAUUAUCGAUAAAGACUCACCCUGGGCCUGUUGUGCAUCUGAGUGAUAGCCCAAGAGAUGAAGGGAAAUUAUUAAUAGGUUACGAAAAUGGGACCAUAGUAUUAUGGGAUUUAAGAUCAAAAAGAGCAGAUUUAAGAGCAUAUUAUGAUGAGGCUAUUCAUUCAAUUGGAUGGCAUCAUGAAGGGAAGCAAUUUAUGUGCAGUCAUUCUGAUGGCAGUUUAACUCUAUGGAAUCUAAAAAGUCCCAGCCGGCCUUUCCAGAUAAUCAUUCCUCAUGGUAAGAUUCUGCGAGAUGGGAAAAAAGUUGAAUCUUGUAAGCCCAUUCUUAAAGCAGAAUACAAGACCUGUAAAAACAGUGACCCUUUUAUCAUUUUUUCUGGUGGACUUUCUUAUGAUAAACCUUGGCGAAGGCCAGGUCUGACAAUCAUGCAUGGAAAAGCAAUUACAGUGCUUGAGAUGGAUCACCCUGUGGUUGACUUUUUAACUCUUUGUGAAACUCCAUAUCCAAAUGAAAUUCAAGAACCCUAUGCUGUUGUUGUACUAUUGGAAAAAGAUCUAAUUGUUGUUGAUCUGACUCAAAGCCAUUUUCCCAUAUUUGAAAAUCCUUAUCCCAUGGAUAUUCACGAUUCACCUGUUACCUGCACAGAAUAUUUUGCUGAUUGUCCUCCAGAUUUGAUUCCUGUGCUAUAUUCUGUAGGUGCAAAACAUAAGAAGCAAGGAUAUAGCAAUAAGGAGUGGCCUAUCACUGGUGGAGUAUGGAACCUAGGAUCACAAACAUAUCCUGAGAUUAUUAUUACAGGUCAUGCAGACGGAUCAGUAAAAUUUUGGGAUGCUUCUGCCAUCACACUGCAAAUGCUGUACAAAUUAAAAACUUCAAAAAUAUUUGAAAAACGGAAGUUGGAAGGCAAGCCAGCAAUAGAUAUGAUAGAAGAGGAUCCUUGUGCAAUCCAGUUAAUGUACUGGUGUCCUGAAAGUAGAAUAUUUUGCAUAGCUGGUGUCUCUGCAUAUGUUAUUGUUUAUAGAUUCAGCAAACAUGAAGUUAAUACUGAAAUAUUGUCUUUAGAGGUGAAGCUCCAGAAUGAGAUAGAAGAUACCAUUAGUCCUGAAGCAGAAAUUAUGACUUCAUUUGCUGAUGCCUCUUCCAAUUUUUCAUCUUUAAAAGACCUCUCAGGCAAUUGCAAUACUUCAUCUGAACAAACAAUGGAUUGUAGUCCAUUUCUCAGUGUGAAGACUCGUGCUGUAAGAAUGCCCCCUGGUUAUCAAGCAGAACUUGUUAUUCAAUUGUUGUGUGUAGAUGGUGAGCUUCCUCAACCAAUAACCAGCCUAGCAGUGAAUUCAGCCUAUGGAUUAAUUGCAUUUGGAAACUGCAAUGGUCUGGUUGUUGUAGAUUUUAUGCAGAAGACUAAACUGCUGAGCAUAGGAAGCUUUGACCUCUAUGGAUCGAGUGAUCCCUAUCAGCGCCAACCUCGUUCUCCUCGCAGAAGCAAGCAGUUUAACGCAGACAAUUUCCUCAGCACCUCUCUCACUAGCUUCUUUCCACCCCUAGCCAAAUUUUUAUCCACGAACUUUCAGAGUGUCACAGAGAUACUGGAUGGUCCAUUUCCAAUGGAGCUAGAGCGGUGCAGGUCCCCCACAGCUUCAGAUUCUUUAAAUGGACACUGUACAAAUCCAACUUCCCUAACUUGCAGUUCUGGAAAACGACUGUCCAGUGCAGAUGUUUCCAAAAUCAAUCGUCGUGCUCCUGGAAAGCCUCCAUUUAGGAAAGCACAGUCUGCUGCUUGCAUGGAGAUCUCUUUGCCCAUCACAUUGGAAGAAAACAGAGAGAACUCAUUCAGUCCUUCUCGAAGUUCUAGCAUCUGCAGUAUUGACAAAGAAUCUAAGGAAGCAAUCACAGCUUUAUAUUUCAUGGAGUCAUUUUCACGGAAAAAUGACACAUCUUUGUCUCCUUGCCUCUGGGUUGGAACAGGCCUGGGUGUAGUCUUGACUCUUUCCCUUCACCUUCCCACUGUCGAUGAAUUAAGGCCAACAGAGCCAGUAACAAUUUCGCUCAGUGGUACAAUUUUAUCACUAAAGGGAGCAGUGUUAACCUUUGCUUGCUUGGACUGCAUGGGAACAUUAAUACAUCCUCCCUAUGAAGCAUGGAAAGAUCCAAAUGCCACUGAGGAUAGCGAAAGAACCAAUAAAAGGAAACUUGUCCUUCAUUAUUCAUGCUCCCAGAACACAGGAGACCACCAGCUUGCCAUUAUCUGCUCAGAGAAACAAGCCAAAGUAUUUUCAUUGCCUUCCCAGAUAUGCCUCUAUGUUCACAACAUCACAGACACAUUAUUUUUGCGAGCAGAUGUGGUGACCCUCUGUAACAGUGUUUGCUUGGCAUGUUUUUGUGCCAAUGGGCAUAUCAUGAUACUGAGUUUACCCAGCCUUCGCUCGCUGCUAGAUGUGAAUUAUUUGCCUGAAACAGAUACAAGGAUUGCCCGGACCUUUUGUUUUACCAAUGAAGGACAAGCUUUGUAUCUUGGUUCUCCAACAGAAGUCCAGCGACUGAACUAUAGCCAGGAAAUGUUUGACCAUCUGCAGGACAUGCUUGGUGAUUUGUUCAUUCCCAUGGACACCCCAGAGGCCCAAUACAGAGGUUUUCUGAAGGGGCUAUUUGGUGGAACUGGUGGAACACUUGACCGAGAAGACCUGUUUGGCGAAGCAACAUCAGGAAAAGCAUCUCGUACUCUUGCUCAACAUAUUCCUGGAUCGAUUGAGGGUAUGAAAGGAGCUGCAGGAGGUGCUCUUGGAGAUCUGGCUCGUGCACGUCUUGCUCUUGAUGAAAGGGGACAAAAACUUGGGGAACUAGAUGAAAAGACAGCAAGAAUGAUGUCAAGUGCAGAGGCAUUUUCCAAACAUGCACAUGAGGUAAUGAUCAAAUACAAGGACAAAAAAUGGUACCAGUUCUGAUUUUCAACCUGUAAGCUCUCCCUGAAUGUGCUGUAUUGAGAAAUUAGGGGGACAAGCUUCAACAGACCAGUCUCUUGGCAGAAGCAGCCCUUGUUCCAUGCUGUUUCC